AUGCUGUUUAGCCUUGCUGUUCUGCUGCUGUCGCAGUUUACUAGAGUAAACUGCACUGGAGACACGUCUGAUGAUCUUUCUCGGAUUGACCUCCACUCCCAUUUCAUCCCGCCCUCAUACCGGGCAGCCUUGGUCAAGUACGGCUAUGGGCAACCUGACGGAAUGCCAUAUAUUCCUGCUUGGUCCGAGGAGUCUCACUUGAGCAUCAUGAAAGACGCCAACAUCUCCAAGUCGAUUCUCAGCGUGUCGUCCCCAGGAACCCAUCUUGUCCCUGGAGAUGAUGAGCUGGCGCGUACACUCACCAGAGACGUCAACGAGUUUGCCGCCGACCUCAAGAAGCGCCUCCCUGAUCAGUUUGGCUUCUGGGCCUCGCUGCCUCUUCCGGACGUCGAGGGCAGCCUUGCCGAGCUGGCGUACGCUCUCGACGAGCUCGACGCAGACGGCGUCGUUGUCAUGACCAACGCCCACGGAGUCUACCUCGGCAAUGCGACUCUUGACCCCGUCUUCGAAGAGCUCAAUAGGAGGAAUGCGCGCGUCUUCAUCCACCCUACCAGCCCUUGCAUCGGAGACGGAAAGACGACGCAGCCAGCAUCGCCUCUUGCCCUGUACCCCGGCCCCGUCAUCGAGUUCUUCUUCGACACGGCCCGCGCCGUCAGCAACCUCUUCCUCUCCGGGGCCAUCCAGUCCCUGACGAGCACGACGUUUAUUGUGUCCCACGCAGGCGGCGCCUUCACCCCUCUCAUAGACCGGCUGGUGGAGUUCGCUCCGCUCGUCCGCAACCCCGACCUCACCGCAGAGAGCAUCCGCGCGACAAUCAAGAAGCAAUUCUACUUUGACCUCGCCGGCACGCCGUUUCCCGACCAGGUCUACGGCCUGCUUAGAUACGUUGACGCGAGCCGUCUUGUUUACGGAAGCGAUUACCCCUUCACGCCAGACUCGAGCGUGACUGGGCUGGGCGAGGAGUUGAACCAUGAGUUGCCACAGGUCUUUCCUGACCAAGGGGACCAGAAGAAGGUUCUACGUGAAAAUGCCGAGGCGCUUUUGAAGUAA